CCCGCGUUGGAUCCGCCGGUCCGGCCCCCCCCCGGCUCCCUCAGACCCCCGGGAGGGGGGGAAGCCGUGUUUUUGUCCCCGCUCCGGGGUGGCCGCGUGGUCCUACACGCGCCCUGCCCCGACCGCCCCCGCUCCUCCUUCAGCGGCAGCAGCGCCCCGGGGAUCGGGGAUCCCCCCGCGCCCUUCUCCCGGUGACCGGCGGGGCCCGGGCCUGGGGGUGGCUGGUGGUGGCCUUGGGGGUCCUGGGUUGCCCAGCUGCCCUAGAUCUUUGAACCCCAACUGAGUCGUCACCAACUUGGUUCAAGAUGCCACCGCCCGUCGGAGGCCCCGUGGGAUACACCCCUCCUGAAGGAGGAUGGGGAUGGGCCGUGGUCGUCGGAGCCUUCAUCUCCAUUGGAUUUUCCUAUGCCUUCCCCAAGUCCAUCACCGUGUUCUUCAAAGAGAUUGAGGUCAUCUUCAAUGCAUCCAGCAGCAAAGUCUCCUGGAUCUCGUCCAUCAUGCUGGCUGUUAUGUAUGCAGGAGGUCCCAUCAGCAGCAUCCUGGUGAACAAGUACGGCAGCAGGCCCAUCAUGAUCGCGGGCGGGUGCCUCUCGGGCUGCGGGCUGAUCGCAGCCUCCUUCUGCAACACGGUGGAGGAGCUCUACUUCUGUGUUGGGGUCAUAGGGGGCCUUGGACUCGCCUUCAACUUGAACCCAGCCUUAACCAUGAUCGGCAAGUACUUCUUCAAGAAGCGUCCACUGGCCAACGGGCUGGCGAUGGCAGGAAGCCCUGUCUUCCUCUCCACCCUGGCACCUGUCAACCAGAUGUUCUUUGGCAUAUUUGGCUGGCGUGGCAGCUUCCUCAUCCUCGGUGGCCUCCUGCUGAACUGCUGUGUGGCCGGAUCCCUGAUGAGGCCCAUAGGUCCCAAGCCGGAUCAGAGUAAGGAGGCGCAGCAGGAGGCUGGGAAGGCAGGGAAAAAGGAUGAUGGUGACACCAGCACAGACCUCAUCGAUGGCAAGAGCAAGAAAGAGAAGAGCUCGUUCUUCCAGACAAUCAACAAGUUCUUGGACCUGUCUCUAUUCACACACAGGGGCUUCCUGCUCUAUCUGUCAGGCAAUGUGAUCAUGUUCUUUGGGCUGUUCGCUCCCUUGGUCUUCCUCAGCAAUUAUGCAAAGAGCAAGAAGAUCCCUAGUGAGUCUGCAGCCUUCCUGCUCUCCAUCCUGGCCUUCGUGGACAUGGUGGCUAGACCUUCCAUGGGACUGGUGGCAAACACCAAGUGGAUCAGACCUCGCGUCCAGUAUUUCUUCGCCAUCUCUGUGAUUUACAACGGGGUUUGCCACCUCUUGGUCCCCAUGUCCACCACCUAUGCUGGCUUCUGCAUUUAUGCUGGAUUCUUUGGCUUUGCCUUUGGCUGGCUGAGCUCGAUCCUGUUUGAGACCCUGAUGGACCUGGUGGGAGCUCAGCGGUUCUCCAGCGCCGUCGGCCUGGUGACCAUCGUGGAGUGCUGCCCUGUGCUUCUGGGACCCCCUGUGCUAGGGAGGCUCAAUGACAUGUAUGGUGACUACAAGUACACGUACUGGGCCUGUGGGGUCGUCCUCAUCAUUGCUGGGAUCUACCUCUUCAUUGGGAUGGGCAUCAACUACCGUCUGGUGGCAAAGGAGCAGAAGGCGGAGAAGGCGAAGAAGGAAGGGAAGGAGGAGGAGACCAACGUGGACGAGCCCGAGAAGCCGAAAGAGGCGAACAACGACGUGGCCUCCUCGGCCCCCUCUCCUCAGAAGAGCUCUGAGGAUGUUGUCAAAGAGGAGGAGAGCCGCAUGUGAGGGACCGGUCUCAAUCCCGGAGUGUCGGGGAAGCGCUGCUGCCCUGGCGGGGCGGCCGGGGCACAGCUCUGCUGGCGCUGGGCGGCCGUGAGAAGUGUUUAAACCAGGUGUUCAUUUUUAAA